AAUCCUACCAUACUCCCCCAUCUACCUUGCCCUAUCUAUCUUUGUUCCACUUUUCUCCAUUCCCAUAACACACGCACAAAAAAAUAAAAGCAAAAACAAGAGCCCCUCUAUUCUCUCUCUAUAUAUUUAUAUAUAUUAUCUCUCUGUGUGUGUUAACUAAUUUAGUAGGUUAAUGUCUUCCAAUAAAAAAAGUCUUUUGAGAACCGUAUUCACGGCAAACGGAAGCUGUGGUUGUAGCAAAACAAAGGCCUCUGAAGUACAUGAACCCACCCCAAAACCCAAAAUCUCCCUUCACCAGAAGAUCACAAACCCAAGCAGCAUGGCAUCUUCCACCACUUCAUUGGAACACAACAGUGCCAUCUCCGUUGAUGAAGAAGAUUUCACCUCCACCACAAUCUCCGAAUCCGAGACAUUUCACGACCACAACAACAACGUUGUACUCAAACGAAGCCCACUCGUGGAUAGUGUGGCCAUUGAGAAGGACUCUUCAAACCCAUAUCAUGAUUUUAGACACUCCAUGCUCCAAAUGAUCUUUGAGAAGGAGAUCGAAUCGGAGGACGAUCUUCAAGACCUUUUGCAAUGCUUUCUUCACCUCAAUGCCACUUGUCACCACCAUGUUAUUGUUAAAGCCUUCAAUGAGAUCUGUGAAGAGGCUUUCCCUUACAAGGUUAGUACUACCCCUUCUGCGUCUCAACCAUCUCCCUCUCGCCGGAGAAAUUAUUAGGUGAUUCCGAACUACCACGUGUCUCUCAGCCGAUUAUAUCAUAUGAUAGGUCACUGUGUUUUUCAAUUAAUAAGAGCAAAUACUAACACUCUGUUACGUGUUAUUUGAUAAUUAUAGUUAGCUGAGACUAUAAAUAUGUGAUGAUCUUAAAUUAUAUAUCCAAUAUUUUUUCGACAAGUGAAAACCAUGUCAUCAUUCGAAAGUACCAAUGAAGAUGGCAAUAGGGUACCCACAACUGUGAUCAAAAGAAAAAUAUUUUACAAUAAUAAUAAGGUCUAUAGUAAAAUGUGUAUCAAAAUAUCAAAAUUAUUUUGAUAUUAUCUUGGGGUGAAUUGAUAUUUUGUGUCUAUAGACAUUGUAUAUGUUUACAUAAGUAUUGCUUUUUGGCAUGGAUAUAUGCUAGCUAGCAAAGCCUAUAUAGCCCACACGUGUCUAGGACAUGUGCAAGCAUUGAAUUCACACGUGGGAAGAAGCUGCAUGUAAACAUCAUGGUUUUAAAUUGGCUCUCCUUAUUCAUUCCUUAUCGGUAGUAUAUGAUUUAUGUAUGUGGGGUUGGAAGGAGAUGGGGCUUCAGAAUUGAAAAUGUGGCUGUGUAAUUGUUUAAAGUAAGAGAUAAUGGUAGGAUUGAUAUUUCUUCAUUUGUUUAUGUAUACUACUUUUAAUGUAAGAGAUUAAUUAUUCAAGCUCAAACUUUUCUCAGA